AUGGGCUUUUUGUGGGUGUUUGCGGAAUUUCGUCUGAUAGAGCGAUGCGGAGCGUACAGUGUGGCCAUCUUCGGAAACAUCAACCGGAUACUUGCGAUUGUUUUUGCGGUUGCGGUCCUGCGUGAGAGCUUUGCCUACUGGCAGUUCAUCGGCAUCCUAGUGAUCGUCUUCGGCGUGUAUCUACGGUUCUCGUUUGGCACAGUCAGAAUUCGCACGGUAGAGGAGCGUCUGGACAAACUGCCCGAAACACUUCGAGAAGACCUAGAUGACGACGCCAUCCAGGUCGUGACAGCGAAAAAUUUUGUGCUGGCCGACCAGGAUUUGGGCGGAGUGCCAGUCGGGGGCGAAAUUCGCAGUCUGCAGCGCCAAGUCACGUCGGAGCUCCUGCGGCAAGUUACGGCCAAUACCACACUGUCUGAGCUGUCCUCGCGUCAACUCUCACGGGAGCGGUCGGGAGGUGGAGCCAUGUUGCUGCGUGAACUUACGAGAGAGCGGUCGGGAAAUCCAAUGCCUCCGCAUCGGCAACGAUCGCGCGAAAGAACGAGCGUGCUUCCGACGUGA